AUGAGCAUUUUGAGAGAAAGAUUUUGGAUUCUGAAAUCAAGACAAGCAGUGAAGAAGGUUGUCUCUGGCUGUGUGAAGUGUAAGAGAUUUUCCAGUAAGAAAGUGACCACACAGGAAGCGCCACUCCCAUUGGAUCGUGUACGAGAUGCGGGUGUAUUCGAAAUUGUUGGUAUCGACUUGGGAGGACCACUUUAUCUGAAAGGAGGACAGAAGGCUUGGUUCGUCGUAUUUACCUGUGCCGUCUACCGAGCCGUACAUUUGGAGUUGGUGACGUCGUUGUCAACGGAGGCGUUUCUUCAGAGUUUAAGAAGAUUUGUAUCCCAUCGUGGUCGUCCGUCUGUAAUUUUCUCGGACAACGGGACAAAUUUUGAGGGUGCAAACAAUGCUUUUGCAAAAUUGGAUUGGAACGAGAUUACCACCACCACAUCAGUCAAUCAAAUUAAGUGGAAGUUUAAUCCGCCAGCAGGACCGUGGUGGGGUGGAUGGUGGGAGCGAGUUGUCGGGAUGGUGAAGGUCCUACUUCGGAAGGUGUUGGGACGAGCAAGUUUGGAUUAUGAAGAAUUGAUGACCGUGCUAUGUGAUUGUGAAGAAAUCAUCAAUUCGCGUCCUCUCACCUACCUGUCUGAUGAUCCGGAGGAUUUGGCCCCUCUCACACCCGCAUUGUUUUUGAAUGAGAUGAGAAGUUAUGGACUACCAGAAGUUGAUGAUUUGGAGGCCAACUUCUUCAACAAGAGAUAUCGCUACCGACAACAAUUGCGAGAAGAUAUUCGGAAGCGGUUUCGAGAUGAGUAUUUGGGGGCUCUUGUUCAAAAAGGAAGAGGAAAGUCGAAAAGGUGCCCUGAAAUCAAGUUGGGUGACAUUGUUCUGUUGGAAGCUGUGAACAGGAAGCGUGUGGAGUGGCCGUUGGCGAAGGUCAUGGAGACGUGUCCUGGACCGGAUGGAAUUGUUCGAGUCGUGAAGCUCAAGACCAAGAAUGGAGAGUUAACUCGACCGGUGCAGCGUGUAUUCCCUUUGGAUGUCUCGACCCAGCAACGCAUUCAUCUUUCUGUUCCAGACACUGUCAAGAAAAUUGGUGAAAGUGAUAGUGCAGAUAUUUUGGCCUCGAUUGGAUCGUCGGCUAAUCCAUUCAAUAAAUUUGCUCUGGAGGCUCUUCAAGUAAUUGGGGAGUUUUAUCAGGUCUCUGUUUUGGAAGACACCAAUUUGUGUGCCAUUCAUGCCGGUCGAGUUACAAUCAAACCCUGCGAUUUAGCACUCGCCAUGAAAAUCCGUGGUAAAAGCCCAGUGUUAAAUGUAAAAUGA